AUAAAUAAGAUAUUGCUGUUGAUACGAUUUCUUCCAAAGCUUUCGAGUCCAUCCCACUGCAAUUCUCAAUAUACAAUUGAAAAGAGAAUUGUGUUUUUGGAAGAAGAAAAUUCAGAUGAUGUCCUUGUUUUGGGAAAAGAGUUCUGGUAUGUUACGAUACACGUUGUGUUCCAAAGGGUGGUCACUAAGACACCCUUCACGUAUACUCCAAACAUAUAGAAACUUUAGUUCUGGCAAUCGCAAAUACGCAACGACUCACGAGUGGAUUAAAGUGGAAGACAAUGUUGGAACUGUGGGCAUUUCAAAGCACGCAGCAGAAGAGUUGGGUGAGGUUGUUUAUGUCGACUUGCCUGAAAAAGGACUUGAUUUAGAAGCAAAAUCGACCUUUGGAGCUGUCGAAUCUGUCAAGGCUGCAAGUGAUGUGUACUCUCCCGUAUCUGGGCAAGUCUUAGAUAUCAAUAGCAAGCUACAAGAAGAUCCUUCUUUGAUAAACAAAGAUAGUUUAGGUGAAGGAUGGUUAAUCAAACUCAAGAUUCAAAAUCCUAAAGAACUAGAUCAGUUGAUGGAUGAAGUAGCAUACCUUGAAACAACUCAAGAGAAAUCAAGUCAUUAAAUGUUGUGUGCGAAGACUUAUUUGUAUCCUUAUGUUCCCUGAAAGUCUAUGAAACAACUUGUUCUUUACUCUUUUCACUUUAUAUGGCAACGUCAAUUGACAUUCUAAUUAGUUAAUUGGCUAAAAUGGUUGUUUAUGGAAGCAAGAAUCACUUUCUUUUUACGACUUCACAGUUGUUGCAAUCGAAAGCUAUUUUCAUAUAAAGACAACAAAUUUGGAUUUCGACACAACAAAAAUGAACUCCAAUUCAAUCAUUUUCUUCUACUUGUGACAAACAAGCUUCAAGUCUCUCUUUUAGACAAGACUAUCUACCAGAUGACAAAAGUUAUCGUCAAAUGGACGACAAUCGUUUGGAGACCAUACUUGCUUUCUAACAGUACAACUAGAGACUCAGAAAAUUCCAU